AUGAAAAUUAAUACACUUAUUAUGAAUAGGUAACUUUAAUUAUCUUUUCUUACGUGAUAUAAAAAGAAAAAAGAAAAAAAUACUGUUAGAAAAAAAAAAUUCUUCAAAAAGUUAAAAGGGAGAGUACAACAGAGUAGACUAAAGCUCUUGCUGUGGGUCAAUAUUUUCAGAAUCCAAAACUUGCUGAUCGUAUAUUUGCAACUUUUACCGGCUCAGUAUACGAAAUUAAAUGGUCUUCAAAAUUGAGAUACCAAACACUUAAUCAAAACAAAAAAGAAACAGCCCGUGCGCCAAGCCGUUUUUAUGUAUAUAAACAAACUGUAUUCACUAGACAACAGUACCAAAUUGCCAGCUUUCAGAGUUUCAGUCGUCCAAGAAUCCCUUGUGCAAAGAGGAUUCAUUUUUUUUCUUCCUUUUUCUACCCAACAAACCGUCCUAAUCGCAACUCCCAUUGUGCAUUGUUUAUGCCCUUUUGAUUCGACACAUCCCAAUAUAUACUCUCCUACUUCUAAUCAACUUCUUCAAGGAAAAAAUAAACUCAUCUCCUCUUUUAUUUGAAACAUCCCACUGCACUCAUCUAUAUAUAUAGAGUCAAAUACCCAUCUCACCUUCAAGAAAACUAACAAAAAUUACAGUUUUUUUUAUUUUAUUUUUUGGGUGGCCAUGGAAAGAUCCAACAGUGUCAACAGAAACAAAAAGAAAGAUGACGACACCCAAAUACAAGAAGAAGCUUUAGAUUCUGUAGAAAAGAUUUUUGAGUCGAAAGAAGUGCCACCAUGGCGGAACCAGUUAACUCUAAGGGCUUUUUGUGUGAGUUUCAUAUUGGGUAUACUUUUCACAUUCAUUGUCAUGAAACUGAGUCUUACAACUGGUAUUAUCCCUUCGCUCAAUGUUUCUGCUGGACUUUUGGGCUUCUUUUUCGUCAAGACGUGGACUAAACUUCUUGAGAAAUCUGGGUAUCUCAAGCAACCUUUCACUCGUCAAGAAAAUACCGUCAUUCAGACCUCUGUUGUUGCGACGUCCGGCAUUGCAUUUAGCGGAGGUUUUGGAAGCUAUCUGUUUGCCAUGAGUGAAGUUGCUGCCAAACAGUCAACUGAAGCUAAUAAUGCAUUUAAUAUUAAGAACCCCUCUUUGGGAUGGAUCAUAGCAUUUCUGUUCGUUGUGAGCUUUCUUGGGCUUUUCUCAGUGGUUCCUCUUCGUAAGAUUAUGAUCGUAGACUUCAAACUGACUUAUCCAAGCGGCACUGCAACUGCUCACCUGAUCAAUAGUUUCCAUACCCCACAAGGAGCUAAGCUAGCAAAGAAACAAGUGAAAACUCUGGCGAAGUUCUUCUCCUUCAGCUUCUUAUGGGGUUUCUUCCAAUGGUUUUUCACUGCUGGGGAUGAUUGUGGAUUUGCGAGUUUUCCCACGUUUGGUCUCAAAGCAUACGAAAACAAGUUUUACUUUGACUUCUCGGCAACAUAUGUUGGAGUAGGGAUGAUAUGCCCUUAUCUCAUCAACAUAUCUUUGCUACUUGGAUCUAUCCUUUCAUGGGGUAUAAUGUGGCCUCUGAUUCAGGAAAGAAAGGGACAUUGGUUCCCUGCAGAUCAAAGUCCCAGCAGCCUUCAUGGUUUGCAGGGGUAUAAGGUUUUCAUAGCAAUAGCCAUGAUCCUUGGUGAUGGUCUCUACAAUUUCUGCAAGGUAUUUGGACGAACGUUGUAUGGUUUGUAUUUGCAGUUCCGCAGUAAAAAUGAAGGGGCAGUCCUGCCAGUUGGUGGUCGUCCAUCUCCUCCAGAGACUUCCAUGUCUUUUGAUGACCAGCGACGAACAGAGCUUUUCGUCAAGGAUCAAAUUCCAAUAUGGGUGUCCAUAGUUGGUUAUGUUGUUAUUGCAAUCGUUUCUACUAUAACACUUCCAUACAUUUUCCAUCAACUUAAGUGGUACCAUAUCAUCGUGAUUUAUAUCUUUGCUCCGGUCUUAGCCUUCUGUAAUGCUUAUGGUUGUGGUCUCACUGACUGGUCUUUGGCAUCGACCUACGGAAAGCUGGCAAUCUUUACAAUUGGUGCAUGGGCUGGGGCUUCUCAUGGAGGGGUUCUUGCUGGACUAGCUGCAUGUGGUGUCAUGAUGAACAUAGUCUCAACUGCAUCUGACCUAACACAGGACUUUAAGACUGGUUAUAUGACACUGGCUUCCCCACGGUCCAUGUUUGUAAGUCAGAUUAUUGGCACAGCAAUGGGUUGUCUCAUAUCCCCAUGUGUAUUUUGGCUUUUCUACAAGGCAUUCCCCGACUUAGGUACCCAAGGUUCAGCAUACCCUGCCCCUUAUGCUCUGGUGUAUCGUAACAUGUCUAUCAUUGGAGUGGAAGGUUUCUCAGCUCUUCCGAAGAAUUGCCUCACCCUUUGCUGCAUAUUCUUCGUAGGAGCUAUCGUGAUCAAUGCCAUCAGAGAUCUUGUGGGAAAGAACAAGGCGAAGUACAUUCCUCUCCCAAUGGCGAUGGCCAUUCCCUUCUAUCUUGGCUCCUACUUUGCUAUUGAUAUGUGCCUCGGGAGCUUGAUAUUGUUCGUCUGGACAAAGAUUAACAAGACCAAGGCUGAGGCAUUUGGACCUGCCGUGGCUUCUGGUCUGAUUUGCGGUGAUGGGAUCUGGACCUUACCCAGUUCAAUACUGGCUUUGGUAGGAGUGAAACCACCCAUUUGCAUGAAGUUUCUGUCUAGGAAUGCUAACACUAGGGUCGAUGGUUUCUUAAAUUCUUGAACUCCCUUCUAGUAGUAGGUGUUUAUGAUUCUCUUUUGUUCUGUCAAGUAUUGUCUCCUUUCAACAGAAAUUGUUUUGUGUACAUAUAGACUACUACAGUUGUCAAAAAUCAUUUCAGCUCAAUUGGAACAGGAAUUGCUAAUUUGAUAUCUGAGUUAAUGUACAAGCACAGAAAGCUUCUUCUUCCUUUUA